ACAAAUCCAUUUUCGAUAUAGAGAAAAUCUAUCGAUGCAGAAGUUCAAGUUUUCAGUAGUUGUAGUAGUAACCAUAUCCCACCUUCUGACGUUACAACAAUGUUGCCAUGCACAUGCCCCUCAAUAUCAUCCUCCAUCACCCACUUCGAAUUGGUGUCGUCACGAUGAGAGUGAUGCACUGGUCCAGUUCAAGAACUCCUUCACUAUCAUCGGAGAUGGCCAUGAUAGAGCGACAUCGUGGAAGGGAGGAGUGGAUUGUUGCUUAUGGGAAGGUGUUACUUGUGACCCCUUAACUGGUCAUGUCACGGGCCUCGACCUUAGUUGUGCGCAAGUAGCUGACCUACCUUACCAUAUUCCUCAAUAUAGCUUACUUCUGGACUCUAUUUCCUAUACGGCUAAGUGUCAUCGACUUCAGGGAACUCUGCAAGCAAACAACUCAAUUGCCCACUUGAGAUUCCUUCGAAGCCUCAAUCUAGCACACAAUGACUUCCACGACUCCAUAAUUCCAUAUUCCUUCACCAAGUUAACAAGCCUUAGUCAUCUCAACCUCUCCAACACUAAGCUUGCAGGCCGAAUCCCAUCAGGGUUCAACCAUCUUGACAAACUUGUGUUGCUUGAUCUUUCCUUCAACCAUGUCUCCUUUGGCAAACCUGAAGAUUACUCUAAGUUGCUAGCAAACGCCACAAAACUAAGUGAGUUGUGGCUUCAGAGAGUGAAUAUGUCAGAUAUAAAACCUUCCUCCUUCUCCAACUUAUCACGCUCCUUGAAAUAUCUUGAUUUCUCCAGUUGUGGAUUAGUUCGAAGUUUCAAGAGACUGUCCUCCGCUUGCCAAAAUUCGAAUUGAUAUGUCUCAAACUUAACCAAGAGCUCUUGGUUCAUUUUCCACAAUCAAAUUGUUCGGCUGCCCACCUCAAGGUAUUAGACAUUUCCAUGACUAAUUGUUCUGGACAAAUCUUGCCCAAUUCAAUCGGGAAUCUCAAGUCCUUGGGAAUCUCAAUGACCAGCUUACUUUAGUUGCAGAGAUAUAUAACCUAGUGCCAAUGGCGUCCUGGGAAAAGGAAGAAUGGGCUGACAACAGCACGUUUCGCACCUUGUUGAACGCAAAUGUCAAACGCGUCUUUGAUCGAUGGAUCCGCCAGCUCCUAUUCGCAUUGACAACUACAAAUUUAUUAUAAAGCUCCCUCGACACUACCUUUGGCUACUCUAGCUUAAAAUCUUCCUUCUGUGCUUAUGUUUAUGGCACAGGCAAAGAUAAAUCUGCAGUCUUUUUGCAAGGAACUGCGCUAUGAAGGCAUUAAAGCUUUUUCGGAAUGGAAGACAGAUAUUACCAUGUGAGCCGGCUCCGCAAUUGGGUAUCCUGUUUUAUCCUUGAACAUAGCAACGAACUCAUCUGAAAUCACACACAAUUAAUGGAGAUUGGAGAUUAUAAGCCGAUGUCAAAAAAUCAAUUAUGAAUCCCCUGAACUAGCGGAAGAAGUCAAUCACAGCUUACUUAGCAUGAGAUUAGAUUCUUUCCGCCGCGACCCAUGGUCGACGAUGAUCACGCCAUCGUUCUCUCCUAUCCCAUGUGGGUUCUUCUUCCCUAUCCCGCCAUUAGAAGUACCCGAGCUCAUCCUCACAGCUAAAGACUUGAUUUUGGAACGACCUAGUGGAAGUUUCGAGAUUUUGGGAACUGGGUUUCUUCCAGCUUCACUCCCCGCCACCCUUAAACAGCUGAAAAAUCAAACCGAAAACAUCGAGAAGAAUUCGAAUUUCAGUUCAAGAGAAACGCGAUUUCAGAUUACCUUUGCAGGGCGUUCGGAUGAGGUAGAGACAAUGACUCUAACGUCAUCCUCCUUACCCUUUUUGUGGUGAUUUACCGGUGAGUUUGGAGAACAGCAAAGCGGUCUUGUGUGUUGUAAAACUUCUGUGACGACUAUGGCGCUACAAGGGAACCGUCGGCAGCCACCAGGGAGACGGGACGGUGAAUCUAAGCGGAUUAAGCCCAAUGGAAAUGGGCCUUGCCGGUGGCUCCUCGUAACUGGACCUUCCGGCCCAAUCUGAGAGUUGCAUGAUUAGCGAGAUACAUGUGGGUAUUUGACUUCGUUUCUUAGUACAAUAGUCGAUAGGUUCUUUGUAAUUUGGAAUCGGUUCUGUUUCCUCUUUUUAAGAGUGAUCAUUUGGGGGGUGGGGGGUUGGCGAAUGGCACAGACAAUAUCCUUGGUUAUUACCAAACUUAGUUGAUGCUUUGCUUUCAAUUCAAAGGAAAAAUAGCAAACACAACUGCUUCCAACAGCAGCAUUUGCAAACAUCCUACAAAGAGCCUUUAGCUAUUGAACACCUGGGUUAAUGGGUAGUUGUUGUUAUGUUUCCUUCAAACAACAAUUGUGCACAACAAAAAGUUUGUAUCUUGCUUGCUGUAAUUUGUUUUGUCUGACAAAAAAUUUGGCUUACCAAAUAUAUGGUCUGCACUUGUGUGGAUCAGAUCAAGUAAUACUCAGUAGAUAUGCAGUGGGAUAGGUCGAGAAUAAGAAUGGGACAAAUGAUUAACCGUAAAUGAUAAUUAACGGUUAGAAUUUGG